ACAAUUAACAGCGGGGAACCAGCUCUCACUCAAUGGGAAUCGGCUCUUCAGAUUUACUACCAUCGGCUCUGUUGCGCAUGACACAUGACCGCGUUUCAGAUCUCGUGAGAACCGCUCCGUGUUACGUUACUACCGAUAGCACAUUAGCAUCGGUAAAACGCAGUUAGCCUGUCUGGAUUUCUGCAGUCUUUCCUCUCCGAAUGACUGCGAUGGACGGCGUGGGAGACAUGGACGAGGCGGAGAGGCCACGACACAACCCUUUCCUGAUUGGAGUGAGCGGAGGAACGGCCAGCGGCAAGUCAACAGUUUGCGCCAAGAUCAUGGAGCUCCUGGGACAGAACAAGGUGGACCACCGCCAGAGGAAGGUGGCCAUCAUCAGCCAGGACAGCUUCUACAGGGUCCUGACCCCAGAUCAGAAGGCCAAGGCACUUAAAGGCCAGUACAACUUCGAUCACCCGGAGGCAUUCGACAACGACUUAAUGUACCAAACCCUGAAGGACAUCGUAGAGGGGAGGGUGGUUGAAGUUCCAACGUACGACUUUGUCACCCAUUCAAGGUUGGAGGAGCGGAUCACGGUGUACCCAGCAGACGUGGUCCUCUUUGAGGGGAUCCUCGUGUUCUACCCUCAGUUAGUGCGGGACAUGUUUCACAUGAAGCUCUUUGUGGACACGGAUUCGGACGUCCGGCUGUCUCGCAGAGUUCUGCGAGACAUGACCAGAGGGAGGGACCUGGAGCAGAUUCUCAGUCAGUAUACGACGUUUGUGAAGCCGGCUUUUGAGGAGUUUUGCUUGCCUACUAAAAAGUAUGCAGAUGUCAUUAUUCCAAGAGGAGUUGACAAUAUGGUGGCCAUCAACCUCAUCGUUCAGCACAUCCAAGAUAUCCUGAACGGCGACAUAUGCAAGUGGCAGCGCGGCUCCAUGAACGGCCGGGGCUUGAAACGGGCCAUCGCCGAGCAGUGCGACAUGCAGAGCGGAGCCGCGAACCCCCUGGGAAAGAGGGUCCUGAUGGAGCCCAGCAGUCGGCCCCACUGAGCCCGGCUGCGCGCGCACGUGUCCAGAAUGUGAUUUGGAAAUCGCUGCUACUGAUUGGCGCGGAGUGGUUCAGCAACUGUGUGGCCAGUCUCACCCUCUAAAAGCUUUUUAUAUUAUAAUCUAAAAACCGUGUUGCAAGCACUGUGCUGCGACCCCUUUUUAAUUUCACUGUAAAUAUCGGUGCAUUACUAAUGUGCUGAUCUCACCAGGAAGGUCUUCCAGGAUACUCACUAAACUAGACAUUUUGUCAACCGUGAUCUUGUGAACUGUUACUGAAAUGGAAGCUCUGAUAGGUCGUUGUAGGAAGUAUGAUUUAAAUGUUUAAAUUCAUUCAUGCUUUUGCACUUUGAAGAUAUGGUUAAAACCGACUCAUGCUUCUUUUGUUGCUUUAAGAAUAAUAUAUUUAAAUUAUAUUAAUACAAACCCUCUGGUACUUGUUGUUCUCCCUGUUCCUGUUUUUAAUAAGUAAAAAAAAAACAACUAAAUAAUCUAACUAGGACCCGAUGUGUUUCAGUGGUAUUACACCUAGUUGGAUAUUCAGCUCUUCCAUCAUUAUUUAACGCUGUAUGCCUUAAAAUUUUUUGUGUUUUGUACUUCUGUACAACAAUAAAUGGGAAAACCUUUA